UCCUCAGCGUCCUCCGCUGGUUUCCCACUGCCCGGCGAGGCCGUAGGCAUCCACGGGGGCACGGGCAGGGGGCUCCCGGAGGCUGGCCUGGCAGGUAUAGGGCGCCGGUAGGAGCUGGGCGCGCACGGUUACCGCGCGUGGAGGAGACACUGCCCUGCGGCGAUGGGUGCCAGGGGCGCUCCUUCACGCCGGAGGCAGGCGGGGCGGCGGCCGCGGUAUCUCCCCACCGGGAGCUUUCCCUUCCUCCUCCUCCUGCUGCUCCUGUGCAUCCAGCUCGGCGGAGGACAGAAGAAAAAGGAGAAUCUUUUAGCCGAGAAAGUAGAACAGCUGAUGGAAUGGAGUUCGAGGCGCUCAGUCUUCCGAAUGAAUGGUGACAAAUUCCGGAAGUUCAUAAAGGCCCCACCUCGAAACUAUUCCAUGAUUGUUAUGUUCACCGCUCUUCAACCCCAGCGCCAGUGUUCUGUGUGCAGACUAGCUAACGAAGAAUAUCAAAUACUGGCUAACUCCUGGCGCUAUUCAUCUGCCUUUUGUAACAAACUCUUCUUCAGUAAAGUGGACUAUGAUGAGGGAACAGACAUUUUUCAACAGCUCAACAUUAACUCCGCUCCUACGUUCAUGCAUUUUCCUCCAAAAGGCAGACCUAAGAGAGCUGAUACUUUUGACCUUCAAAGAAUUGGAUUUGGUGCUGAACAACUAGCAAAGUGGAUUGCUGACAGAACGGAUGUUCAUAUUCGUGUCUUCAGGCCACCCAACUACUCUGGCACCAUUGCUUUGGCUUUGUUGGUGUCACUUGUGGGUGGUUUGCUCUAUUUAAGAAGGAACAACUUGGAGUUCAUCUAUAACAAGACUGGUUGGGCCAUGGUGUCUCUGUGUAUAGUCUUUGCUAUGACUUCUGGCCAGAUGUGGAAUCACAUCCGUGGACCACCAUAUGCUCAUAAAAACCCACACAAUGGACAAGUGAGCUACAUUCAUGGGAGCAGCCAGGUCCAAUUCGUGGCAGAGUCACACAUUAUUCUGGUACUAAAUGCUGCUAUCACCAUGGGGAUGGUUCUUCUAAAUGAAGCGGCAACAUCCAAGGGAGAUGUUGGAAAAAGACGGAUUAUUUGUCUCGUGGGAUUAGGCCUGGUGGUCUUCUUCUUCAGUUUUUUACUUUCAAUAUUUCGUUCCAAGUACCACGGCUACCCUUACAGCUUUUUAAUUAAGUGAAGCCGAGUGGGAUUUGCAUUAAGUGACUGUUUACCAUGAAGACAAAGUGUCCCAGACAUACUAGUUCCAAUUCUUGAGUCCAUUUCCUUGCUGAUUGUGAUAAUCCAGCUGUUCCUUGUACAAUUGAUUUUUUUUUAAUGUGAGUUUUCCUAGUAAACUUAAUUUAUAGACACGGAUGGUUAAAUUUAACAUGGAAUGAAUAAAGGCAACAGUGAAGAGUUUUCCAGCAAAUUACAGUAUAUGUAUGCUAUAGAUCGAAAUAAACAACAAUGUAAUUAUGAAUUCAUGCUUUUAAGCUGUUCACUCAUUAGUAAAGAAAACUAUAAUGUUA